ACAGAGCGACGCCGACUGACUAUUGCUAGGCUCUGCGUUGGGGUCCCGGGGGAAGGAGACACCGCCAUGCCCCAAGUUUGUGAGGAAGAAGAGAUUCCACAGCAGGUGACUGAAACACCGGACUGUGCUGAAUACUAUCUCCAGUCAUUAUUAGCUGAUGCCUUUAAAGGGAAGGGGUUUCAGAAAAUAAGUGACGCGCUACAAGAAAAGGGUAUUUAUCCUCAGAAGUACAGCAAACAACUAUUAAAUCAAAUGGACAAAGUUCUGAAAAAGGAACUGGACAAAAACGAGUUCUCCAAUGUUUCCUUGUUGCUGAAAUGCAUUCAACUAUAUUGUAGAAGUGACCCUCAGGAAGGUGUGAACCUGCUUCUUCAGCAAGGAUUGAUACCAAAGAUGGUCGCUUGGUUUGAAAGAACUAGAGAAUUUCUGAGCCUGAUAGAACCGAAAGAAAGUAAAUUCUUGGCAAAGCUUGUGGAAGACUUUUUCGACACAGCACUGGUCAUUGCCAAGAGCAAUGAUGAAGGAAAGAAGCAGCUGCUUGAAUCCUUCCUACUGUACUUAGGACAUAUAGCUAUCGAACCUAAUGUGACCUGUGCCCUUCGGCAGGAGGCUCUGAGAACCUUAAACACGCUCUUGGACAACGUCGCUCGAGAGGAACGAAAGAAGUUUGCAUUGUCUGAAGAGAUGUGUUUGCUUACGAAAGAACUUGCAAAAAUGAUUUUGGAAGUUGGAGACUAUGAUAUCCAGGUUGCUAUUUUGGAAGCCCUGUUCAGGCUGAUGUUGAAAAAAUGGAGAGAUGACCUUGUUCACAAUUGGUUUGAAGAUCAGCACGUUGUUAAUGCCUUCAAAGAAAUAAAGGACAGAGAGUUCGAGACGGAUUGCAGGAAAUUUCUUAAUGUGCUAAAUCAAAGACUUGGGGAUAAAAGAAGAGUGUUCUCAUUUCCUUGUAAAGCUGCUUAUGCUGACACGAAUCAGUUAACAAAGCCAGCUGACGAGAAAUUGGAGGAGUUUUGGGUUGACUUCAAUUGUGGAAGUGAGAGCGUGACCUUCUACUUAAAUAACCCUGAGAGUCCUUUCUGGGAGUCCGUGAGAUUGUCUAAAGAAGACAUCAGCAGUUAUUGUGUGGAAGAAAGAGGGGAAGAAAAGAUUCUCAAAAUGCUUUUGCGGAACUCCACUACAAUCAACAAAAAAGAAGUAACAAAGAUCAAAAUUCACGUUGACAGCAAAUUUGAUAUUGCAAGCCCUCUCAGUAAAAUAUCAGAAAAAGUUAAAAUGGUAAUAUUGGAUGAAGUUGAAACAGGGAGCCGCAGAGAUCAGCCAGAACAAAAUGAAACUGUAGCAGACAAUCAUGCCGAGUGGAUAAAAGAUUCUGCAGAUACUGAAUCCUUAUCAGACAUUUUUGGAUCGCAUCAGAGUAAUGAAUCUGCCACUGUUACAACAAAAAUGUCUACUCCUGUGGAUGCAGUUGAUAAAGGAGAACAGACAGGACAAGAACACGGUAGUCCUGGCCAAGCAUCCACGGAUACACCAGCAGUUUCUCCAACACACACAGCACCUAUAUUGAAAACUCCUCCACCCUUGAAACUUUCUCUGCCAAAGCAGAAGGAUAAAACUGUGGUCCACAGUGAGCUAAAUGCAGAAGAGGAAGUUGAUAGCCAGCCUAUGGAAAUACUCACUGCAGAGGAUGAUGAGAAAGGCAGAAAAAGAAGUUCAAGCAAAGAAAUGGCAGACACAAGGAAGGAUGCAUAUGAAUUUGGAAGCUUAUCUGACCCUGUGGCACACAGUAUGGUGUCUGAAAUGAAACAAAAAGUCUUCGUCCAGAAGACCCCUUUGCACAGGAAUUUGGAAAAAGGAACUGUGGAAGUGCACAAAACUAAGCCGUCUUCUGGUUACAAGAGUCAUCUCUUCUCUGAAAGCAACCAAGAGACUCCAGGCAACAGUCCUCGUGAGAAAAGCUGGAUCCUUAACUCUCAAAAGGAAUCUGGAUACAAAACUAUUGACUAUACUCGUAGAAAACCAAAAUUCAGAAGCAAAUUAAAAGUACUGCCAUUAUCUUCUCCAAGUAGUAGCAGCGAUCACCGUGCAAAGAAAAUUGGGGAUUCAUCCAUGCACAGAGAAAUGGCCAAGAAAAGAAGGAGCACACCAAUACAUAGCUUCUUAGCUCAGCAGCAAACUGGUGGCUUAGAAUUGGCUGAUGUUGCUGUGUCACUCAGUGGUGCUUCUUCCUUUGAUGACUCAGAUGCCAGUAAAAGCAAGAACUGUGAUGUCAUAUCCGGCACUCUUCCCCUGAAAGACCGGGUCUCUAAAUCUAAGCGCAAACUCACAGGAUUCCUAAGUGGUCUCGGAGAGAAGCGAUUGAAAACCACCGAGAGGAAAUCUAGUAAUGAGCAGUCUUCCAGCUUUUCUUUUGAACCCAAAAAACUUUUUGAUUCUGUAGAGAUGGAAGAGGCAACUCAUAAAGGAGAAUCGGUAGAUCUGGUGGAAGAUCAUGUGCCCCCCAUGUUCCAGGAAGAUUCAGGCGUCAUUGCUGCGUUUGAGUCCUUCACAAAUGAGUUGAAGAAAACAUUUUGGUCUCGGUACAAGAGGACAGAGAUUUACAUGCGAAAUACCUUGAAGAUGCCCGAACAAAAUAUGUCAGCAUUAUUGAACCAGAUACACCAGUGCCGGCUGAAGGAACUAGAACACUUCCACAAGAUAGUUCUCAAGGAACUAGACAAUCUGGAGAAGAGAUCUCAGUUUCUCUCAACUCUUGAGAAGGAUUCAGUGGAUACAGUCCAUGGACUCAGGGCCAGAUGGCGCAGCCGUGAAUGUAAAGGAGACCGCCCAGAAUGUUCAGUUUGAAAAGAUGAUAGACCUUGAAGAAGAGAGAGAGAGAGUUUCCAUUGUUGCUUCUGACUGAUUAAGUUUGGUUGAAAUAAACCUAAAGACCCUCCAAGGCAAAUGCCUAGAUAACUAUUGAAGAUUGUUUGCUAAUUUACCCUUAAU